ACACUGACACAAGUUGUGGAGAAAGGAGAGAACAACAGGGAGACAGAGUGAGAGAAGGAGGAGAGUCUGAUGUCAGAAUGAGUCAACAACACAAGAGUCCAGCGACGGGAAGCAUGGACAGAUAGAGACACACACAGAUCUACAGGUGGACCGGGCGGUGUUUGGAUGUCAGCUGUGUGUGAAGAAGAGCGAAGAAGAAAAGGAGGAGAAACAUGAGUCGGCAGCAGCAGCAGAUCCAGGGAGUGGUUUUAACGGGUUACCACAGCAACGCGGAACUGUUGCCGAAAACUGAAGUGUGUGCUCCGUCAGCCCAGGACCACGAGCCCGCCGUGCCCAGCCGCCGAACAGGCCACUACAACGUUCAGCAGAACCAGAACACACAACAUGAAGAUAGAUACGGGCCUGCCGCUCCCGCCAGUAUCACCAAAACCAGCAGCACCGACCCGUCGUCACUCCCCAAUCCAAGCUCUGCCGCUUGCCCCAGGUCUCAGCUCUCCUCCAGCCCAAAGCCUGACUCCAGCCCCGGGCACAGUCCCAACUCCAGGUCCAGACCUCGACCCGCAUGUCAGCGCUGUAACUCUCAGGACUCUCUGGAUGAGCUGGAGAUGGACGACUAUUGGAAGGAGGUGGAGAAUAUCACUCGCUCCGGAGGAGGAGCAGGGAGGGGAGAAGGUGGAGGAGAAGGGGAAGUUCAAGAGGAGGAGCAGCAGAAGAUUCCUGAGGAAGGAGAGCAGGAGGAGGCGUGGCUUACAGAGGCGGGACUAGCACGACUGUUUGAUGAUUCAUUGGCAGCUGACCAGGAUCAGGAAGAAGACAGCGCGGUGUUCCUGUCCACACUGACCAGAACUCAGGCAGCAGCUGUAGAACGUCGUGUGACCACACUACAGCAGACGUUGCUACGGCGACGCAACCGACAACACGUUCCUGACGUUAGGGAUAUAUUCAGACCUUCUGAAAAGGAUGAGCAGCCUAGUAAAUUCAAAGGGGGAAGUGAGAAUGGACAAAAAGAUGUCACUUCAGCUGAAACAGAGACAGAACUGAACGUUGAAGUGGCGUUUUCAGAGCAGGCGCUCUCUUACAGGGACAACCAUCAAAGAUUAAAGGUCACCACCGGCCCUAGUUCUCCUGACGACAAACUACCAAACUUUAAGCUGCUCCGAGACAAAACAGGUCAGACCAGGAUAGGAGAUCUGUCUCCUCUGGAUAUGAAAAAGGUGCGUAGACUGGCGCUUGUGGAGAUGACUGCUCUGUUUGACACUGCUGGGAUAGACCUGAAGGCGCACAAAGCUGUCAAAGUGAAGGCUAAGGAGAGUGGUCUGUUCGGUGUCCCCCUUGCCACUUUAUUGGAUCAGGACCAGAGGCGGGCUCCUGGGACCAAAGUGCCAUUCAUACUGCAGCGGUUUAUCAGUCAUAUUGAGGAGGAAGGAUUAGACACAGAGGGACUGCUACGGAUCCCUGGAGCGGCCACUAGAGUCAAGUCACUGUGCCAGGAGCUCGAGACCUCCUUCUAUGACGGGAUGUUUCCAUGGCAACAGUUGAAGCAGCACGAUGCUGCUAGCCUUCUGAAGCUGUUCAUCAGGGAGUUACCCCAUCCGCUACUGACUGUGGAGUACCUCAGCGCAUUUAUUGCUGUCAACAAGCUCCCCACAAAGAAGCAACAGCUGCAGGCUUUGAACCUGCUUGUCCUUUUGUUGCCCGAGCACAAUCGGGAUACUUUGAAGGCAUUAGUGGAGUUCUUCCAGCGUGUGAUUGACCGUCAGGCCAAGAAUAAAAUGACGCUCAACAAUGUCUCUGUUGUCAUAGCACCCAACAUCUUCAUGUUCAAAGGCAUCCGCUCCAAGGUUACAGAACAACAGGAGUUCUCCAUGGCAACCAGCACAGCCAACAUCGUCCGCCUGCUGAUUAGUUACCAGAAUCUUCUAUGGACAAUCCCCAAGUUCAUUGUGACCCAGGUAAGACAUCAAAACAUGGAAAGUCAGCGGAAACAGAAUAAAGAGAGAGCUGUAAGAAAGCUACUGAAGAAGAUAACCACUGACAAACCAUCUGAUAAAGCUGUCCCUGAGGAGAGUUCACAGGGGUUUAUUCGAGUCCAAGCCCCCCAGUUCAGUAAGAUCUCUAUGGCAGUUCAGCUCACUGCAGAGUUGCAGGCCGCUGAUGUAUUAACCCGCUUCCUCAGCCAAGACAGUUCCGUGACAGUAAAGCGAGAAGAGCUGUGUCUCUAUGAGAUCGGUGGAAACAUCAAGGAGAGAUGUCUCGAUGGGGAAACGUACAUGAAAGACCUCUUCCAGCUGAACCCUACAGCGGAGUGGGUCAUCAAAGCUGCACAGCGAUAGACUUGAUGCCGGACUGCUCCCCGGUCUCUCCACAGCGUGUCACUGGGAACACCUGGUUCUCUUUGGUUUUCGGCUGGUUCUGGACGUGCUUGGACCAUUCAUGUGUAGCACACAGCAUUUUUAACCCAGAAACCAAAUAAAUGCUAAUAUUCCAAUGGCAGUUUAAGAACUUGUGAAAACCCAUUUGGUGAAAUGUGUGGUAAUACAUUUUUCUUUUCUAGGUCUUUGCAUAACCAGAAUUCCCAAACAAGAAUAAAGGAAAAUUGGUGUUUUAUGCAAUAACAACAAAAAAAGGAUUAUACACCUUUUAAUUAGUUUUUUCACCCUACCUUAUGCUUCUAACUGGAAUCUUAUGCCUCAGGUACCAUGAGCCUGAAGUACAGUCCAGUGGUGUGGUUGAAAGAAAACCUCCAGUAUGAGAAUAUCUUGUCAUCUCUAUACUCCUGACAGACCACUGUUUAACACUGGUGGAAAUACAUUAUUUCCUCUAGUUUGUCUCAGCACUUGAGUCACAAUCUUAAUAUUAUGUGAUACUGUAAGUAUUUCUUUUGUAUACUGUGAUUUAUUACCACUAAUCACUUUGUUGUGCCUGCAUUAAUAAGCUAAAAUGAUAUAGUCUGCGUCAUCAAAAUUCUAUUAAAUCAUGAACAUCAAAUUUCUGUUUGAAAACUUUGGCUUUUGUUCAGCUGUAUUUUUUUUAUUUUUUAUUAAAAGCCCUAAAAAUUAAACAAAUGGACAUAAUAUACAAUGUCACUGUAUGGAAGCACUUCACUAUAAUCAAGAAGGAAUGAACAUUUGGACUGAAUGAGUGUGACUUAGGGGUCCAGAGCUGGACUGCUGUAAGUUAUACGUUCGAGGGGCCCAUCAUGUGGCACACCUCGACAGUGAGCCUAGCAUCAGCCAGCACAGACUGGUCAACAUGUCUCGCCUUUUGGGUAUCUGCGAUGAUGCCGUUACUGACAGGUGACCAGGACACGCAAUGACGACAUCGCUGGUUUUAUGGUACAUUAAUGUUGUUGUACAUUCUAACUUUAAAAAGUUAUGUGUGGAUGUUUGAGUGUGUUAAUGUGUGCAUCCAUCUUCAGAAACUGCACAACAUCAGUGUACAAAUGUGAACAAACACAUUUCCACAUUUUUAUAUAUAGUAUAUAGUAGCCUGUGUUCAAGCUCACACGGAACAAAUCAGGUGAUUUGCCUUCAAAGUUUUGUACCAAAGACAUGAUAAUUUUAAAGAUAAGAGUUUUACAUGAUGAUUUUGAAGAAAAUAGAUGUAUCACUGUAUAAAUGGCCUUAUUGAAAUGAUACACUCUAACAUAAUGGGUCCAAAAGUAUCCAGACACUUAAUACUUUUGGCAUUUGUUGUUCUGAUUUUUGGCUCUGUACCCUUCUCAGUCUGGAUAUCAGUUGAUGUAAUACAAUACUGGCAGAAAAAAAUCUCCAUUUUAUCUUUUUGGCACAUAUCUGUGCUUUUCUUGGCUCAUACAGUACAAGGCUAAUCUGAUUCUGUGUGGUUUUGCACAGUCUCAGCAGCCUGUGGAGGAUCAUAUCUCCACCACAAAGUCAAACAUCACAAAUGUUUUUUUUGUGAAAAGCUGUCGAGUGCUUACAACAAAUAAUGUGUCACUGUUCUAAUUGUUUGAACUCAGUCUGUCACUCCCUGCCUUGCAUUAUCUUGUUUACUGUGAAUGUUUUUUUUUUCUAAAUAAUGAUGUCUUUGUCUUAUUACUGUCUCUGAAAUGACAAAUAAACCCGCCUGUAAAUAAACAUGCAGUUAUUAAUUACCACA